AUGGCGGACGGUGGUGACAGUAACUCGCAAUCACCUGGAUUUGCACACAAAUUGAAAUCUUGGCUUUCCUGGUCAUGGACAUAUAUAUGUGUCAUUUGGUUUGCUAUGGUCUUAACUAUGAUAUAUGUGCUGCGGAGUCCGUUGAAGUUACAGGAAAGUCUUGCCGCGGCAUCUGUUUUCCUGAAUACUUUGACACCUAAAUUUUACGUGGCGCUUACUGGAACCUCCUCACUAAUUUCGGGCCUCAUUUUGAUUUUUGAGUGGUGGUACUUCCGAAAGUAUGGCACCUCGUUCAUUGAGCAAGUCUCUGUGAGUCAUUUGCGCCCUCUGCUGGGUGGUGUGGACAACAGCAGCGCAGCGGGCUUGUUUUCCUCUGUGAACGGAGAUACAGAGCCCAGACCAAGCGUCUCAGAGUGCAAAGUUUGGAGAAACCCUUUGAACUUGUUUAGAGGAGCAGAAUACAGCAGAUACACCUGGGUCACUGGAAAGGAGCCCUUGACCUACUAUGACAUGAACCUCUCAGCGCAAGACCACCAGACCUUCUUCACUGGUGACACCCAGCAGCUCAGGCCAGAGGAUGCUGUGAUGCAGAAGGCUUGGAGGGAGAGGAAUCCGCAGGCCCGGAUCAAAGCGGCCUAUCAGGCCAUCGAGCUGAACAACGAGUGUGCCACAGCAUACGUUCUGCUGGCAGAAGAGGAAGCCACCACCAUCACUGAAGCUGAGCAGCUCUUCAAGCAGGCCCUGAAGAGUGCUGGCAAAGACACCAACCUCCUGGUCUACAUCAAGCGCAGGCUGGCCAUGUGCGCACGCAAGCUGGGGAGAAUCAAAGAGGCAGUGAAAAUGAUGAGAGAUUUAAUGAAGGAGUUCCCUCUGCUGGGAAUGUUAAACAUCCAUGAGAACCUUCUGGAAGCCCUCCUGGAACUGCAGGCCUAUGCGGAUGUACAAGCUGUCCUUGCAAAAUAUGAUGAUAUCAGCUUGCCAAAAUCAGCUACAAUAUGCUACACAUCAGCACUGCUAAAAGCCCGAGCAGUGUCAGAUAAGUUCUCCCCCGAGGCGGCUUCGAGGCGGGGCCUCAGCACGGCCGAGAUGAACGCCGUGGAGGCCAUCCACCGAGCCGUGGAGUUCAACCCCCACGUGCCAAAGUACUUAUUAGAGAUGAAGAGUCUGAUCCUGCCCCCGGAGCACAUCCUGAAGAGGGGCGACAGUGAGGCGGUGGCCUACGCCUUCUUCCACCUGCAGCACUGGAAGAGGGCAGAAGGAGCCCUGAACCUGCUGCACUGCACCUGGGAGGGCACUUUCCGGAUGAUACCCUACCCCCUGGAGAAAGGGCACCUCUUUUACCCCUACCCAGGCUGCACAGAGACUGCAGAUCGAGAGCUGCUGCCGUCCUUCCACGAGGUGUCGGUGUACCCCAAGAAGGACCUGCCCUUCUUCAUCCUCUUCACUGCUGGGCUGUGCUCCUUCACUGCCACCCUGGCCAUGCUCACACACCAGUUCCCCGAGCUCAUGGGCGUCUUUGCCAAGGCUUUCCUCAGCACUCUCUUCGCACCCCUGGGCUUCUUUGUGGAUAAAAUGGAGAGCUUCCAGCUUUGGCACCAGCUGAGCAGAAUAUGAGCCCUGGCCGUUACCCUGACACAGAGGUGACCUGUACGCUCACCCACCCGCCCACCACUCAGCCACAGCAAAGGUUUCAACCUGUCUUCCAUCAUGCUCCCACAGUGGUUUAAACCCAACACUGCUUCACUUUACCCUCUCUGGGGAGGGUUUCAAGUUUAGCUGCUAUUUUGAGGUACUCAAGGUAUUUGGGUACUUUCACACCCAAACACAGAACUGGAAAAUACUGACCACCAUGGUGACCAAAUAGGUCCUGUCUGUCUCUUACAUUUGACUGUAACUGGUGUCUUUACCUCCAAACAGA